UCUCUGAUCGUCGUCAUAGUCUAUCAGAGUCAGGGGAUGAUGGGCAAGAAGGACACGAAGAACAAGAUAAGGCAAGAGUUGAUCCCAGAAGGACCGAAUCCUGGAAUUUGGUCUCGUAACCAAUGUUCGUUUCCUCCAUGCUUGCUUACCUCCGACAUGCGGCAAACAAUACAUCCAUCCGGCAACCCGCCCGCUCUCCAAGCCUGUCCCUCUUCCUUUUCGCCUGAGACAUACAUGUAAGCUGCAUUCUAUUGUACACCUGCCAUCCAAGAACAUGGACUCCCAACCAGCAGCCACACACACAGACACACCCUCACAUGCCCGAUGCGACAAAUUCCCAACAACCCUGAACCCUUCCUCCCCUCCUCUACGCAGGCAAGACAAUUUGAAUGAAAAUCAAGAAACUCAUUCAAGUUCCAUGUAACCUCGCAAUCCUAAUCCCUCCGGGCGAAAAGGACGUUGCAAUAAAGGAAGAAAACGGACCUCGUCCUUCAUAUUUCUUUCCCGCUCGAUCAUAAAUGUCAAAAAACGCCCAUCCUUCUUUGUUUUUCUCCUCUUGUCAGAAUAUUUGUUUCUCUGCGAGCAUGUGAAAUAUCCACCCAGCUUGGCGUACAUGUGUACAUGUAUACCUAGAUAUGCAUGCCGUUUGUUUGCCUUGCUGCUUACUUAUCUGCUUACUGCGAGUUGCGCGCAUGAUGCGCCAUCCAAUAACACACUAGGUAAUCAAUCCGUAUAUCCUGUAUCCCGUCUGGACGCCAGCCACACAUUCAUCACCCGCUUCAACUCACGAGAGUCAGACAGUCAGACACAAGGACGGAAUCAGAGUCAGAGAGUCUAGACUGAUUAUGGUAGUUUCACGGUAUACUCGAAAAAACGUUUUCAACCCAAAAAAAUGGUAAUGCGGAUUUUGGCGAGAAACAUAUAUAUCAACUGCUUUUUUUUUCCCUUUUUUUUUCUUGUGGUUUUUU